UGAACGUGGCGGUGUCCCCCAGAUUCUUGCAAGGAGUCAAAAUAACGCAGUAGGAAUUCAGUUCAAUGUUAAGAUGGCUUGGGUUACAUUCAACAGCCCUCUUUGGAAAAGAGAAAUUGUCCAAGACAAAGUAAAACCCCUUCCUUCGAUGAAAAAGAGAAGAAAAAUGGAAUCAGGAUUUAUAAACGACGGAAUCAACACAAAAUUCACUACCAACCGCAGAAAGCCUAUCAUACCACCCUACAACGCCAUGCAGGACCGCUAUGCGCAGGCGUACUUCCAGUCUCCAUUCGUAAAGGCCAUGAUGGAGAGGAAUUCUCAACUUAAGGAAUUGCAACAAAGCCAGGAAAAUGCUAGGAACUUAAACAAGUUGAGCCACAGGUAUCGCUGUAAACGUACUCCAACAGUGGAGGAAAUUCGGGCUAGAGAGCAGACGUUUGUCAAUGACGCCAUUAUUACGGAAAGAAAACGCACAAAAUACAAGGACAUCAUCCCCGUGUACAACGCGUCACAUGAUCGCCAUUGCCUGGGAUACUUCAAAAGACCGGAUGUGAAACAUCUGAUUAGCAUAACUUGUACACCAACUGGUUCGUUCAGUUUUGACAGUAAAUUUAAGAAUCCCAGACGACCAAAACUAAGGGCUUCGGUUGCUUAAAUGAACUGUGACCUGAUAGUAUAUAAUGCAGAUCUUACCUUUCUGUGAUAAAUAUUUUGGUUGUGAUGUUAGUGUCAAAAAUAAUAUUUCUGUGUACAGGGAAGACUUUCACCCCAGUUUCCUUUUCGUUUUAAAUGAGCAAAUAAAAACGAGGCAAAUUUAAAGAAAACGCUUUGACUUUUAAGGGACUCCGACCCUCAGCCAGGAAGGACAACUCUUUAAUUUAUAAUUUGAUUCAAAAAGUCUUUAAAUGAAGCUUGAAAAUUAAAUAUUUUCAUGCAACAAUUUUCAUUAUAUGCCUCUCAAUGUGCUUCAAGGUUCUUUGCAAAGCUCUAUAAAUUACUUCUAAUUUCAUAUCAUGUUAAUAAACAUUGGUAUCUAAAAUUGCUUUUUCGGGAUAAAGAUUUCUACUUUUAAUUAGACCUUUAUUAGAAGUUUAAAGAACCUUGAAG